AUGGCGCCGAGAGGUAACCAAAUGUUGGGCAAUGCCCACUUCCGCAAACAUUGGAUGAAACGUAUAAAGACCUGGUUCAAUCAACCGGGUCGUAAACUUCGAAGACGUGAAAAUCGACGGAAGAAAGCCGUUGCCAUAUCACCCCGUCCAGUUGCGGGUUUGCUCAGGUCUGUUGUUCGUUGUCCUACUCAGCGAUACAACAGAAAGGUCAGACUUGGACGCGGUUUCACUCUUGAUGAACUGAAAGCUGUUGGUAUUGGUAAACGGGAAGCCAGAACCAUCGGUAUUGCUGUUGACUACAGAAGAACCAACAGAUCGCUUGAAAGUCUUCAGGCUAAUGUUGAGCGUCUAAAAGAAUAUAAGUCAAGGUUGAUUCUGUUUCCCAAGAAACUCAGUGCACCACGCAAAGGUGACAGUAAUCCAGAAGAACUCAAGGUGGCUGCACAGCUUCAUGGUGACAUUAUGCCCGUUUCCAAUGUUAUUCAAUAUGAACCUCCUCGCGCUAUCACGGAAGCCGAACGGAAGAUCGAAAUUUAUCGCCACCUUAGAAGAGUUCGUGCCGACAAGAAGUAUGCUGGUAUUCGUGAAAAGAGGGCAAGAGAAGUUGCGGACGAAAACAAGUAA